AUGAGUAGAAUAUUCCAUCAAUUUGAAGUGCAUCUCACCGUUCCUGCGCCUCUUUCUCCAUUUGAACGGACUUACCACGCAGUCUCAUUUGUCGAAACUACGAACUCCUGUAAAACGAUUCUCUUUCAAAACGCUUUUCGUGAGGAUGCGUUUUCCGUCGCUCCACGUGAUUCGACCAAUUUCCGUCAUGCUACGUCGUUUAUUACAAUUGCGUCUUGUUUGAUCUUAGAAGUGCUUGCGACCUUUGAACAAAUGUCCACUCAAGCGCGUCAACCUCUUCAAGCUAGCCGUCCCCGUCUCAUUAUGACUCGUAAUGUCCCACCCUUCCAGCCACCGCCCGGUGUUCAUCCAGCGCUGGCUAACGUAAACAUAAGCGGGUGGUCGUACGAGCGUUUUACACAGGAAAUCAUCCUGCUGAGAAUUCCUGUGAAAUCCGUUGAAGAUGUAGAGCGACUGUGGCUCGGGUCAUUAGACGACUUGCGUUCAAGGAAAGAAGUUCGUCGUGUAUUUGGAACGUUUAGAUAA